GUAACUUAAAGAGGACAUUGGGAUAUACUGAAAUCUGUGUGCGUUGUGUACCUCUGCUAGGAAAAUUAUUUCCGCUAGUCACUAAUCUAACAUUGCAAGUAUACUUGCUACAUGUCGCUCAACGCCUGACUAAAAGAGUCGUGAUGUUUGGGAGGUGAAGUGAAAAUUGAAUCCUCUUGAGUCUUUGAAACAACAAGAAUAACGAAUGAUAAUUCAUAAGUUAACUUUGUAUUGCAGACGGUUCUAUAGAAUUGCUGAGAGUGCCGUGAUGUGGCUUUUUCGUACUGAAAUUUGUUUAUUUCUGUCAGUUUCCGCCAUUCUUUCAGCGUUUUGUGUACUUGAGUCCAUACUUCACCCUGAAGAAAACUCAGAAACAUUGGAAGUAUUGACAUUAUCAAAUGAUACCAGUUCAGAUUCGGAACUUGACGAUAAUGCUUCUUCACCAAUCGAAAAUAUAUCAACUUUCAUAUCACUUGUCCUGGGGCUGUUUGCAGUUCUUUUGGUUCUCUGGAAAGUAGCUGUAGUUAUGUUUUUUGGAAGCUUGACAUCUGCUGAAAGAGUAUCACUUUCCAAGUCUCUCUUUCGUUUUGUUCUUUUCCAUUUUAUCAUACUUUCCGGCGCAAUUAAUCCUUCUCGACUGACAAGUCUCUUGGGAUGGCUUUGUUGGUUCAGUAUUCUCGGUGUGUUGCACAUGUUAACAUCUGUGGCUUCUUCCAGAUGUAACCAAAUGUCUGCUUCUGGUGCCGUAAACAUGCGCCAGUGGUUGCGGAUAUACUGUAUGUUUAUUAUCAUUUCUCUUGCAAAUUGGUACUUACUUAGAGCCGGUUUGGAAAACUGCUUCACGUUGGCAGACAUAGAUGUCUCAACUAGUGGAGACUUUUUAGAUCUUCAUUCACGGAAUUCCUUCUUAACUGGCCUCAAAACACCAACUGUGUUGGGUGCAUUGAAAGCUAAAAUAACAGGGAAAAAGGAGCUUUUGUAUGAUGCUGUUGAUGUUGUCGCCCUACUUAUAUCUGAGUUUGCGCUUCUGAUGUGUACAAUAUCACAUCUUGUUUGUGGAUUAAUCAUACAGACAUAUGACCGUUGGUGUCUACGUAAUGGUCAAAGCUGGCAAUACCAUUCAACAGUUACGUAUUAUUAUGAGCUCUUUUUCACAUGCUUUUACCGGCUAACAGAAAUAACGCACUAUCUACAUCUUCUAUUAUGGAGUAGAGUGUUUUCUGUGGCUAGCCUUGUUGUUUUCUUGCAUAUACGUGUAUCUUACUCAAACUUGGCUAACAGUAUAUCUCGCCACCUAGCACAAAGACGACUAAUGAAAUACAUCAAUGAGAACUACCAGGCUUGCAAGACAGGGUAUUAUGUCGCUUCCAAGGAUGCUAGUGAAAAAACAGAAACAGACGAUAAGACUUCACAAAUGUUCUACUUUGAUAACGAAAAUCAAUCUGCACUUAUUUGUGCAAUAUGUUGGGAUGUUAUGACAGAUUGGCGUCGAUUACCAUGUCGUCAUGAUUUCCACGAACACUGUCUUCGUGCUUGGCUUGAACAGAAUCCAAGUUGUCCUACUUGUCGGCGUGAUUUGGGCAUACCUCCUAUACUUCUUCACAAUCAUAACAGGACACAACGGUCGGAAAACGUAGCAUUUGGUAUGCUUGUUCGAAACUUGUUCAAUAAUGUUGGAAACGAAGGUCCAACUAAUCGUAACGGAGUCAAUAAUGUACAGCCACUGAUUACACCUCAUAAUGCAAUUCAACCUGACCAAACGUCUGGCAUUUCCAGGAUGUUCGCUACGGCUGUAGGGUUAAAUCUUGGAUUAAGUAUUGGUUCUGCCCCAGUUGUCGCUGCUGCCGCUCAAACGGCUGCACUAAAUGCACUACCUCGUGAAUCAGGCACACAAGGUUCUGUUGCUAGUAUUUCUGGCUCACAGAUUGAAGAAACACCAAAUGUCCAUACACAGAAUGAGGGUAAUUCAUCUGUACGAGAAGCAACGCAUAAUGAUGACCAAAAUCAAACUGCUCCAGGAAAUGAAGCUAGAGACCAAAUUAGACGUAGAUCUUUCCAUUUUGAUGGAUCACGCUAUUUCUCCUGGUUACCAUCUUUACAUGUUGAACUGUCUGAAGUAUUUCGUGAGGUAUUUCAUGUUGGUGGAAUUCAACCCUACAGUGCAAUUAACGAAUUGAAUAAUCAAACAAAUGGUCAACAAACGACAGGUUUUAAUCAUACUAAUGUUCAUAAUUCUAUGUUUAAUGGGAAUAGUGAUUUGAAUGUAUUACCAUUAUAUCUACGUUCUGCUGUUGAACAACUAACCAAUAUGUUCCCACAAUUCCCACGUUCUGUGAUAAUUGCUGAGCUUUUAGCUACAGGCGUUCCAGAUUUAGCAGCAGAAAAUUUAAUGGCUAGACCAUCACCGAUAACCCCUACUUCAAGCUCUAGUAACAUGAUUCCUACUACUAGUGCUAUUGUAAAUCAGAAUGUAAGUCAUAUAAUGAUGCAUGUCAGGUUUUUUUCGUGUGAAAAUGCUGUUCUUUAUUGUUUAACUAUUUUUUAUAUGUUCGGCUUUUUUAUUGUAAGUACUUUUAGUAAUUAUGAUCGACUGAAAAUCCAUUCCUAAAAAUUAUAACCUUUGAAAUAUAUUUAGUUCUAAUUUUUUAAUUUUAGUGUUAGAUGGUAAAGAAAAGUUAGAAACCUCUUAUAGUGUUGAUCAUAGUGGUUCAAAACAAAAUCAGUCUUAAUUGUCUUAUAAAUCUGUAACAUUAUCACCGUAUCUUCACUACUUCCUUUGAUCCAUAUUGCUGUUGGUUUUCUCUUUUUUGUUAAGAAAUGUUGAGACCUCAGCAUAUGAAUAGGUUAUAAACCCAUUAUGUAUGCUUGUCACCAUCAGUUUUUGUAGUUGACUUCAUCUACAUGUAACUCACCAAACGCUUCAAAUCAGUAGUCAAUAGCUUUGUCGAUUAAUUACUUUUAUUCAAUCCAACUACAUAUUUUAUUUGGGAUCAUCAGUGAAUAUCAGGACAAACUGCUUUUCGUUUUCAGGCUACGUGGUAGUUAACUGUUCUCAGUACGACGAUACAUUGAAAAUUUUAUCUUAACGAUAUACAGUUCACCUUAUUUGGUCAGUGGAAUAUAAUUGUCACAUUGAACGAAGUUCAUAUCUGUUAUCCUGGUCUAAAUUGAUACAAAAAGUAUUGACCUAUCUUAUCUCAUCAUAUUUAUCUGUACGUAGACUACUUCUGUAUCAUAUAUGCUGCGAGUACCUUAGGUAAUUUAGCUUUGAUGCUUUUGAGUUUGGCCUUAGUAAAUUAAUCUAAAUUGAAUGCAUGCUACAACGAUAUUUGACGUGAAGUCUUUACAAAGAUGGGGAGGUGUUUCCAAACCACCUGUAGUCAGAGAGUACUCGUUGCAUGUUUAUAUUCAUCCUUUAUUAUUUUAAAUCUAUAUAGUAAAACGAGUUACUCAGGAAACUUGAUGCGUGAAAGCAGUUGUUAUGUACUGAACGAGCACAGAUGGAGAAGACCAAUUUAUCGUUUAGCAUAAAAUUACAGUGUCUUCAUAAAUUAUGAAAACCAUACAGUAGACACAUCAUUUGCACAUCUUUCACUUAUUUCUUGCAAACUUCGUUGUUCUUUCAUUCCUGUUGUUAUUUUGUUAGCUCUCAGUUUCCUUCUCUCUCCUCUUCGUUUCAAUCUUGUCAGCCUUCGGUUUUCAGGCAUUCCACUUCCGAUUGGUGUUACAUAUUACUUAUAUCUGCAAACAUAAGUAACAUACACCAUAUUUAUCUCUUGAUUUUCGGUUUUUCUUUACCAAUAAAUAUUAUUACCGUUGUCGACGUGACUGCUUAACAUAUGCUGUCAUAUUAGUGAAAUAUGUAGUAAUUUGGUCGAAACUUCACAUGAGAUACGCUAAAUAUUUAGUAAUCAUCCAUAUUACUUCGAUCCAGCAUGUUAAAAUGCAAAAUUUUGGUCGUGAUGAAAUUUAAAAUAUACCACUGUCCGUGAUACGCACUUUUUAUAAGAUAUCAUUUGGCCCUAAUAGUUCAUGCAGAGUUUAAGUUACUAUUCAAUGUCAUAUAUUGAUUUGAGAUUUGCAAGUAAAAUUAAGUAUACAUCGACUAAAAUUUUGUCUGUAAUUUUACAUCCUAACCAAACUAAGCAUCCAAAGACCGUACAUUACCCCUCUCCUUUCUUAAAUUUAUUGUUUAUUGGUUUAAUUGUUACGAUUCCAAUUUGUUUGUAACACCGUGUUUUAUAUUGGACACGUAUCUCAUAUUAUGGUAUGUGCAACUGAUGUCGGCAGAUGUAAGUAGUAUGUAUCAUCAAUCAAAAGUGAAGUGCCUGGCAGCAGAAGGUUAAGAAGAUUUAAGAAGAGAGAGCGAAUGGUGUGGAAACGAAAGAACACUGAAGUCUGAAACGGUUGAUUAACAUUUUGCAAAUGAAGUAUUUAUUGUACAGUUCUCAGAUUUUACUAAGACGCUCUGUAAUUUUGUAUUCAAAUACAUCCGAUUGUCCCCGCUUGUGUUCUCGUUCACUACGAUAUCAGUGGGAUUUAUUGAGGAAAUUUGAACUAAUUAAAAGAAAUAAAUAAGUUGUCAGCUUAAGAUAUGGAGCAACAAAAUCGAAAACUAAAACUCCGACAGAUAUGAUUCACGAUUAUAGUUAGUUGUGAUCAAGUAGUAUUUUCCUCAUUCUAACUAUCUAUUCCAUUGUUCGGCUUGCAAGUAACUUCACUCUUUGUUAUCCCUAAGAUCCUAAUUAUCUUGAUUAUUUUCCAGAUUUUCCCGAAUUGUAUCCUCUAUACCUAAUCUUUUCUAAUAUAACUAAGGUUGUUACUACUUAUACUACUCUGGUAUCUUACUGUGGCGAUGUGGUGUGACACUUUGAACCGAUUCUCAUAUUUCCCAGGCUCUACAUUGCGUAUAACUGACUGGCUUAACUUGAUAUGCUUAGUCUAGCUAUGCUAAUAAACAUUUUAGUUAGUGAUUUUAAUGCACUACAAAAUUAGUCAAUAAAAGAGAAGUAGAUCCAUAAAUAAUUGCUCCAUCUUCUGAAAUCCAUUUCAAGAACUUAUGAGCAAUAUACAAUCCUUUUUAAGGAUUUCAUCUAUCAUUUAUAGAUUACCCUGUGAGAAAUACUUCCUUUUAUCUGACGCUUGGUUUCACGUGAAAAAAACUCGUGGAGACCAGGUCUGUCUGACACGCGGAAGUGAAUAUACUGGUCAGAUGUUCACCCCUCAACAGGUUUUGAAACGUAAGCAAAAUGAUAUAAACCCAACUAAAGUUCAAUUACCUGACCUUGAGACAGCAUUCGACUCCAUCAGCCGAGACAUUUUGUGACUGGGUUUAUCAUCGUAAAAUUUUAUCGAUAAAGCCCACAAACCCGGAUAAUAGUUCGAAUCAGAGUUCAUCGUGAACUGUCAUCAAAAUCAUCAACUACUUCAGGUCUGGCCACAAUCCUUUUUAUCUAAUUUUACCAUGGAUGUCCCCUUAGAAACCACACUUUACCUAACUUUUCGAAAAUUGAUCUGUCAGGAGGUCUACUUUAUUGGGUUAGAAUACCAAAAUGACAAUUUGGUGAAGACUUAGGAAAUGCAGUUUUUUUUAUCACUUUAAAGCAGCAAUUUAAGCGUGUUUAGAUCACGUUUAUCUCCCCCCUAACUGCAAAUAUUGCUUGAAUACUGGCCUCUGUCAUCGCCUAGAUUGAUAAUAGGGGGCGAAUCAAUUGACUUUUGAUCGUUUUAUUUAUCUAGGAUAUCUCAACAGCCAUGAUAGAUUGGUGUCUGACGAAAUCGUGACAUGGAUUCAAUAAGCCAAAUGACUGGCUUUUUUCAAACUGAGUCAUUUAUGGAGUUGGUGAGAUAUCUGUCUGCCAACCAAGUGGCGAUUUAACUGUACAGCAGUCCAUUUUGUAUUACUAUAUGUUUGUGAAACAUGGACCAUAGAAACAGAAGACAUUCGUAGGCUGCAGACUUUUGACUAUAGAUGUCUUGAAUGCAUCCCCUGAAUAUAUUGUCGCGACAAAGUGAAAAAAAUGCUAAGGCUAAUCCUAGGGUCCCGACCGAAGGUGCUACUUUGACGCGGUGGUCGGGCUUACCUAUCAUGAUGACCCAACCGAGUUACAUUGGCUGGAACAUAUGUCCCUGUAGGUUCUACCAUGCCAGGAAGGUCGAUUGGAGAACAGUAAGACUAAAAGCAGCAACUCAA